GCCACCAACCUCUUCCCAAACCCCGUCCAAAACCCACCUCAUCCCCGCCGCCAUGCUUCCCCGCCUCCUCCUCCGCUCCCGCCACCGGCGCCGCUACUCCUCCGCCGCCGCCACCGUGCCCCUAUCCACACCGACCUUCGCCGUCUUCGGCGCCAACACAGGCGUCGGCAAGACCCUCGUCUCCGCGGGCCUCGUCGCCGCCCUCCUCAACUCCCGCUCUCCCUCCGUCUCGGCCGUCAGCUACCUCAAGCCGCUUCAGACCGGCUACCCCGCGGACUCCGACGCGCGAUUCGUCUUCGCCAGGGCCCCCGCGCUGCUCCGCGCGUCCUCCUCCCCCCGCGCCACCCGCCUCGUCGCCUCAUGCCGCACCCUCUUCCCGUCCCCUGCCGUGGGCCCGGAGGCGGAACCCCUCCACCAGAGCCAGGAGAAGGUGGUGACAUACGGAGGGGAUGGGGCGGAGGAGGAGACGAAGGUGCUCGCGUGCAGGACGGUGUACGCUUGGCGGGAGCCGGUGUCGCCGCACCUGGCGGCGGAGAGGGAGGGGAUGGCGGCGGGGGACGAUGAGGUCAGGGGGUGCGUGGACCAGUGGCUGAUGGAGGAAGGCGUCGGGGAGGGUGGGGAGGUGUGGAAGGUGCUGGAGACGGCUGGCGGCGUGGCCAGCCCCAGCGCGUCGGGCACGCUGCAGUGCGACCUCUACCGGCCUUUUAGGUUACCUGCUAUUCUAGUUGGAGAUGGUCGUCUGGGUGGUAUUUCAUCCACUUUGUCUGCAUAUGAAACUUUGUUGCUAAGAGGGUAUGAUGUGAGCACAGUUAUUUUGGAAGAUCGUGACUUAACAAAUGACACAUUCUUGCUUUCUUACUUAAGAAACAGGGUACAUGUGCUUGCCUUGCCACAGAUUCCUGAAGAUCCUUCAGAUGACCUAACAGAUUGGUUUUCUGAAUCAUCCUCCGUUUUUAAUUUGCUUAAGGAUUCCCUGCAAUCAUUUCAUUCAAAAAGAGUUGAGAGGUUAAACGGCAUGCAAAAAAAAUCAAAAGAUUUACUGUGGUGGCCCUUUACUCAGCACAAUCUUGUUCCUCAAGAUUCUGUUACAGUAAUUGAUUCACGUUGUGGUGAGAAUUUCUCAGCAUACAAGAUUAAAGACAACACGAUGAUGCUUGUCCCUCAAUUUGAUGCAUGCGCAAGUUGGUGGACUCAGGGGCCUGAUUCUGACUUGCAGAUUGAACUUGCAAGAGAUAUGGGUUAUGCUGCUGCAAGGUAUGGUCAUGUGAUGUUUCCAGAGAAUGUUCAUGAGCCUGCUCUUCGUGCUGCGGAACUUUUGCUUGGAGGAGUUGGUAAAGGUUGGGCUUCUCGGGUCUAUUAUUCUGACAAUGGAUCCACUGCAGUUGAAAUUGCUCUAAAGAUGGCAUUCCGUAAAUUUUCACUUGAUCACGGAAUUCUUGCGGACAGUGAAAAGAGCAUAAGAAAUGAAAGAAACAUUCAGUUGAAGGUCCUUGCUCUAAACGGUUCAUAUCAUGGUGAUACACUGGGCGCUAUGGAAGCUCAAGCUCCAUCAGCUUAUACAUCGUUUAUUCAGCAGCCAUGGUACUCUGGUCGGGGACUUUUUCUAGAUCCUCCAACCGUGUGUAUUAAAAGUGAAACAUGCAAUGUUUCUUUGCCCCAAUCAAUGCAGCAUUAUCCACGGACUUCUGGUGAUACAUGUUUUCCUUCACUAGCUGAAGUUUUUUGCAAGACCAGGGACACAUCAUCUGCUGCAGAUUUAUAUUUGUCCUACAUAAAACAGCAAUUAUCAGAAUUUUCUCAAUCCAGUAAUUCAGACCAUCUUGCAGCACUAAUUAUAGAACCAGUAAUACAAGGUGCUGGGGGAAUGCUCAUGAUAGAUCCGCUUUUUCAGCGAGUACUUGUCCGUGAAUGUAGAAGUCGAAAAAUACCUGUCAUAUUUGACGAGGUAUUUACCGGAUUCUGGCGUCUAGGUGUGGAGUCUGCUUCAGAGCUGCUUGGGUGUCUACCAGAUAUUGCCUGUUACGCUAAAUUGAUGACUGGGGGAAUUGUGCCAUUAGCUGCAACCUUAGCAACGGAGGAAGUUUUUGAAUCCUUCAAAAGUGACUCUAAGCUUACAGCGCUUUUACAUGGUCAUUCCUAUACUGCUCAUGCCAUGGGCUGUAUGGCAGCACUAAAAGCCAUCCAAUGGUACCGGGAUCCAUCCACCAAUUCGAACCUUGAUUUGGAUCAUAUGAAGCUAAAGGAGCUAUGGGAUGGUGCACUUGUGAAGCAAUUAUCAUCACUACCAAAUGUGAAAAGAGUAGUCUCCUUAGGAACUCUAUGCGCAAUUGAGCUCAAGGCUGAAGGAUCUGAUGCUGGGUAUGCGUCACUCUAUGCAAGUUCCUUGGUACAACAGCUCCGCAGAGAGGAUGAUAUCUAUAUUAGGCCCCUUGGUAACGUGAUAUACCUCAUGUGUGGUCCAUGCACGCCUCGAGAUAGCUGUUCUCGACAACUACACAAAGUACUUCGCAGACUCUGCGAUCUAAAUUGAGCCCACGGAGAAUAAUUGCGAGCAGUUGUAGUAGUCGGGACAGCCUUGUGGUAACUUCAGUUUCAGGACAUCAGUUAACCUGUGUCUGGCUCUACAAGCUCAUGGCUUCCUGCAGGGAUAUUUUCAAAGUGUAUUGUCAAGAGAUUCAAACCUUCGAUCUUGGGAUAGUAUUAUAUUGCAAUUUGUUCAUUAUUGAAACUGAAACUUUUUCUAAUGGUCUAAUCCAGAGGGUAGCGCGUUCCUAACUGUGGUGGUAUGAUGGGUUGUCGUCUUCGACAAUGAUAACCUGUAACUCCUAAAUGCUUCAUUGUGUUCCCGAUUGAUCGGACUGUUUUACUGAUUUAUUGGGAUAUGGUAUGGACCCGCUGCAAUGUUGGUGUUCUUCCAUGCA